AUGAAUCAAGUGAGCGCCGCCCGUCUGAAUCUACACUAAUCCUCCGUUUUCGACAGUUGCAAGGCCAACAGAAUGGCGAGUUUAACCAGCAGGAACGGGGAAAAAUGGCGGCGCCGUUUCUCGAGACCGGCAUGAUUAUCGGCGUGAAGCGCUCGUUUCGUGUCGAGAAAAUGGUGGGCGGCGGCGGUUUUGGGCAGAUCUAUCGGGCCAUUGACUUGGUGAGUGUGGCCCUGAAUGCGACAAAGUGGGGGAAACGCAGUCGGCGCAGGAUUCGAAGCUCGUGGUCGCCGUGAAAGUGGAGCCGAAAUCGGUGGAAUCCGGGCGGAUCGUGCUCGAACUCAACAUUCUCGUCCAACUUCAGCACUCUUCGCACAUUCCCAAAGUGGUGAGCGUUUUCUGGAACGUCUUCCCGAAAGAACACAAUCACUUUCAGUACUACAGCGGCGAAAUCGGCGGCUACAAUUUCAUAAUAAUGCAGCUGCUCGGCGCGAACAUUGCGGAUCUGCGAAAGUUCCAGAGAAGUCGGUGCUUUUCGGUGGCGACGACGUCGCGAGUCGGCAUUCAGAGUCUGGAGUGCAUGCGACAGAUCCAUGCGCUCGGGUACAUUCACAGGUGGGCACCGGCGUUUUUUCUCGCGUAAUGGGGUUAUUCAGGCUGUGAAAAAAUGAUUGUUUUCCGUUUUUUUACGUCAAAAAAUCGAAUUCAGCAAUGUAAAAAAACGGAAAACAAACAAACGCUGAAUAUCCCCAUAAAUGUAUUGAUUUCUGAUGCGGCGCCUUUUCGCCACUAAUUCCGCCGAAAAAACAGUCAAAUAGAGCCGAAACUGAAUGAAAUUUCCGUUAUUUCGAAAAAAAACCAGUUUUUCCAACGAUAUUUGACACAAAAAGUGGUGAAAUCGCGUCGGAAUGGAGGCCACGCCACUUUUCCAUUUCUGGUGAAAGCGCGAAGCAAAAGCGAAACCAAAAAUGCGUCAAGACACCAGUUUGACGCCAGCAAAUUGUCUUCCAGAGACAUCAAACCGUCGAACAUUUGCGUGGGAAUCGGCGAGCACAAACGUGUCCUCUACAUUGUGGAUUUUGGUAAGAACAUGGCCCUUCUUCCUUCACCUCUCCAUCGGUUUCGUCGGUUCAGGAAUGGCGCGUCGCAUCCGUCUUCCGGACGGCACUUUCCGUCCGGAACGCCCGUACGCCUCGUUCCGCGGCACCACGCGCUACGUGUCUCUGGCGGCGCACGAGCGCAAAGAGCAGGGAUUCGUCGACGACAUCUGGUGCCUCUUCUUCUCUUUGCUCGAGCUCGUCGAAGGACUUCCCUGGAAGAACAUUCUCGAUCAGGAUCAGGUGUGCCACGCGAAACGACAACUUCUCCGCAACUUUCAGUCCAAGUACGUUCGUUUUCACGCGGCGCUUCCGAUUGAGAAAUCGCUGCGACUUGCAGAAAAAUGGGCCGAAACUUUGAGAUGUUUCCGCAAAUGCUCGAGCGAACCGCCCGCACCGACACGCCCGAUUACGAACGGCUCAUUGGGAUUCUGAAGACGUGCUGCGAGAAUUGCAGCGAAUUGGACGAGUUUGAGUGGGACGAGCAGGAGGAGCAGUACGGCUAG